CUCGCGCAUUAAAGCGCGUUUGAAAAGGAGAGAUCACACCCGUAGGUAGAGCAUGCAUGCUUCACUUGUAAGAAGAAGAGCACAUAUAGCUCCGCAGCAACCAGCUCGCUAGCCAGUCGAUGAGAAGAUCCUCCGAUGGAGCUGGCGAAGAUCGGAGCCAGCACGAGAGCGGCGGCAGCCGGAUGCGAGAUGAACCCGGCCGGGAGGAACGAGGGCAGUAAGAAGGCCAUGAGCGGAUGGGCGCUCGCGGCGUGGCUCCUGCUCCCUCUCGUCGUCCUCGUCGUGCUCAAGACCGAUUGCCUGCCGCAGGUUACAGUACCACAACUCUUUACACAGUUCAGCAUUACCCAACUUGCAGCAGAUGGAUCGGCUCACAAUGUCACGUCUUCAGGCACAGAGAGUGCAACGCAGCGAGAAGCAGUCGACAUAGCCAGGUUAAAUGCCGCGCAUGAUCCGGUCGUCGGAGCGCCAACUCCUGCCGCAUCAAGUGACGAGACGGCCGCCGGCGUGGUCGAUGCGUCAAGAGAUCUCAAAAACCAAACGGGGUUGCUUGCCGUGAACGGGGAGAGAGACGGUUUUUGGGUAAAUUCAGAUGUGGCAGCACCAAGAAGCAAGCUAAGUUGCAACUUCAGCUUUUAUCGCAUGAACAUCUGCGUUAUGGAAGGCGACGUCCGUAUGCACGGCAAGGCUGGCACCGUAUACGUGGUCUCGGCGUCCGACGACAGCUACCGGCCGGAGAAUGGGACGGUCACGAUCCGCCCAUACCCGCGCAAGUGGGAGAAACCGACGAUGCAGAUGGCCCGAGAGGUGACCAUCCGCUCGAGCGGCCCGGGCGCCACGGACAUGGCCCCGCCACCGUGCACGGCGACGCACGACGUCCCCGCGGUGGUCUUCUCCACCGGCGGCUACAGCAGCAACUUCUUCCACGCCGUGACGGACAUCGUCAUCCCUCUCUACAACACGGCGCGGGAGUACGACGGCCGCGUCCAGCUCGUGGUCACCGACUACAGCCGCAAAUGGAUCGCCAAGUACCGGCACGUCCUCGCCGCGCUCUCCGACUACCCGGCCAUCGAUUUCGACGCCGACGACACCGUGCGCUGCUUCCCGAAGGUGCACGUCGGCAUCGAGAGCCAUAAGGAGCUAGGGAUCAUCCCUGUUCUCUCCCACAAGGGCUACACGCUGAUGGACUUCCGGGACUUCCUCCGGUCGGCCUACUCGCUGAAGCGUGCGUGGUCGACCCCCGUCAACCGGACCUCCGGCGGCCGGCCACGUCUCGUCAUGCUGCUGCGGCGCCACUCGAGGGCGUUCACGAACGAGGCGGAGGCCGUCGCGGCCGCCGCGGAGGUCGGGUUCGAGGUGGUGGCCGCGGGGCCGGAGGCCGUGCGGGACAUGGCGCAGUUCGCGGAGGUGGUGAACUCGUGCGACGUGAUGGUGGGCGUGCACGGCGCCGGGCUCACCAACAUGGUCUUCCUCCCGCACAACGGCACGGCGAUGCAGAUCAUCCCGUGGGGGGAGAUGAAGUGGGCGUGCUGGAGCAUCUUCGGCGAGACGGUGCCCGACAUGGGGCUCCGGUACGUCGAGUACGAGGCGACCGCCGAGGAGACAACGCUCAAGGACGUGUACCCGAGGGACCACCCCGUCUUCACAAACCCCAUCUCCAUACACAAACAGGGAUUCGGCCAGCUGUGGAAGAUUUUCCUCGAUGGACAGAAUGUCACCCUUGACAUCAAUCGCUUCAGAGGGGUCAUGCAGCAAAUCUACAAGGACGUCACCAUUACAUAGAUGUAGAGUAGUGCGUACGUACGUCCGCCGGCCAACAUGUUAUGUAUGCGCAUCUGUGUGUAAUUUUUUUAUUCGCUGCUUCCUUUCUACUGGAGGGAGUACUUUUCAACUGAACAUUAUGAAUAGUCACAUAAAAUGGUGAUUAAUUAGCUGAAAUAAAAUGACAAGGAAAAUGACUAAAAUCAA